AUGUAUGAUGAGAAACUAGAGGAGAAAAGAGUCUUGGUGAGUCUGAUAAAACAACAAGCGAAUCAUAGAUUUUGGUUAGGAGAUAUAGACACCACGAUUGUGGAAUACACAGAUGAUGUAAAAUUAUGUCCACUAAAACUAAAGAAAGAGAGGAUUGUACUUUAUAGUAAUAGAGCCCAGUGUUAUUUACUGCUUAAUAAUCCAGAUGGCGCCAUUAGUGAUGCUACCAUAGCUCUUUCAAUCGUAAAACCUGUCAAUUCUCAUGACAAAAGACUUUGGAGAAGAUCACAAGCUUACUACAUGAAAGGGUUGGCUAAAGAGAGCUUGAUGGACUGUUUCAUGUUCAUUAGCUUCGUUACUGUCGACAAGAAAAAGCAUGCGAAAAUCGCUUACUAUGCAGUGCAUAUGAUCAAGAAACUGAUGGAUUCUAUAUGGUUUUUCGCGUCUGCCAAAUCAAAAUUAUCAAACAAUGGGAGCUCAUUUAUCGAUCAGGGAAGAAGCAAAGAAGAACUCAUAAGCAAUGAAUGA